CGAGCUGGGCAGGUGGUGGAUGGAGACCACGGCGCCAAACAGGGAGGGGAACAGAAGGGACCCUUCGGAAAUUCCGCAGGAUUUCAUGCCUUCCUUAUAGGCCUUCCUCUUCCUCCCCGUAUCUUGGUGGUUUAAUGCAAAGUGACUCUCUCGAAGGUUGCGCAGGAUUUCCCCAUCAUGAUCAUGUUUGAAAGUGUGGACUCCCUAGUCACGAUUUCCAGCCACGACCUGUGGGCUGAAAUCUGUUCUUCGCUGCCGUAUCCAGACCAGAACGGAGAAUCAAGCAAUGCCUUUGCAGAUUCCUUCACUGAUUGUUAUGUUCCAAACGACGUCAUGGACACCACUUUCCAAGCUGCGGACCUGAAGCCCUGGGCACCACUGAAGGAUUCUGAGGUCUAUUUGGCUUCUUUAGAGAGACGACUCAUGAGGAUAAAGGGUUUGUCACAGGAAGUGACCUCCAAGGAUAUGCUACACACCCUUUCUCAGGCAAAGAGAGAAUGCUGGGACCGGUUUCUGCAGGACAAGUCUGAGACUGACUUUUAUAUGGAGGGAGCUGAAUCAGAUGAGAGCACCCUAGAGCACUUGAAGCGCUGGCUACAGCCUGACAGAGUGGCCAUCAGUUCUGAGGAGAUGCAGUAUCUGAUUCCCCUCGAGGCUUGUAUGGAGAAGCAGGAGUCUGAAGAAGAGUCCAUGGCUGUGGAGCAGUGAAAGACAACCCUCCAACCUGGGAGUUGGGUGGAAUUUUUUGUUAAAACAGCAAGUGGAGGGAAAUGCCAAUAUUUGGCUGAGGUAGACCUCAGUGUUUUUUGUUUUUUGCUCACUUACAGUGGGUAUUCCAGUUUGAAGUCACAGAUUUAAAGUUAGUCAUGUGUGUUCUGCUAAGACAACAGAACAUGAAGGCAGUGGAUAUACACUUGGUAUUUUGAGAUGGACUGGAGUGGGAUGUAUGAAUAAAAGAAUCAGUUGAUUCACUUUGUGUCCAAAUCUUCCCCAGAGCAUCUUGUUUUAAUAUUUCUGAAGAACAUGAAUCCACGCUGCACCUUUAUAUCAUAUUCUUUUCAUUGGCAAUUGGUUUUAAUCCAGCCUUGAAAUGUACAGAAAACUAUACUCUCAAAUUCCAGUGUAUGGGAACUUUUUUUUGCCAUUCCGUCCCUACAACAGGGGCCCUAGUCUACAUCCACAGAGGUUUCCGGUGUGCCCUGUACAGUCUUUCUCUAGAAUCCUGCUGCCGCCCAGCUAGCUGGGAGCAGAGUUGCCCGUCUUGCCUUCUGACAUCUCAUCCUGUCGUUGCAGCUCUAGCUGAAGUCUAAGGUGCAGACCCAGUUGGCUUUUGCUCUUCUUCCUUUCUCUUUGCAUGGGGGAGGAGGUGGAGGAGAGAAGUGCUAGGGUUAGGCGGUCUACCCAACAAUUGAACCAUGUUGUCUGUUAAAGGCCUGGCGUGGUGGUGUAGGAGGCCACCGGCAUCUAUUAUCCCAGUAAAUAUGAUCCCUCACCUCCUUAUGGUGUAUGAUUCCCUAAUGUAUUCAUUCUAGGGCUGAACCUACAUGUACUGAGCAGUUGUGUGUAUCUCUUAGCUUCUUUUAAUGUGAAAAUGUCCUUGUAUAUUAUCUUUAAUGUGAGAGAUGUAUAUGCACCUGUGUGCAGCUUUUCUUGUCUCCACCUUUAGUUAAAAGUCUGUAAUCUAUUUCACUGCAUGUGAUACAUAGUUUUAGCCUUAGAUAAAUAACUUCCUAGCAAAAGAAAAUAAGAAAGCUCUUUGCAUUAACAUUGUUAUUUUGUUCCCACAAGGAAUAGGUUUUGAAUCAAAAUCUGAGUCUAAAUAUAAUCAUCUUCUUUCCCCUUUAAAUUAAAAACUCUGGAAUGGAUUAAGUUUGCUGUAUUCUUGGCAUUUACAGACCAAUGUGAUGAUCUUUCUAAAACCUUUUAUGUUUCUAGCCAGUCUAUUUGUAUCUGUUCUAUUCUUCACCUUUGAUUUUCCUUGUUUCUAAGAAGGAAAAAAAACAAAGCAUUGUGAAACAAUUAUUCCAAACUGUAGCAAUGAUUUGGAAUAAGAAGACCAAGUAUGAAGCUAAAUCUGAGCUGAAAAAAGCAGGAUAUCUUUCAUAAACUAUUUCCUUUUCCCAUGAUAUAUGCCCCCAUUUCAUUGGUUACAGGUGAAAGGAAGAGGGGUGAAAAGUCUUUGUCUUCCAGUUACACACAUUCCCAAUCUACACAGCAUCUCUGCCUCUUCUGUUUCCCAUCUGCCAGCCAUUCUCCUUCACUGCUUCCCUCCUCAAUAUAUUUUAGAAUCUCUUAUUAACCUCCCCCCACCCUGUAUCUUGCUUUGUACAAUUUCUUCCAAUUGGCCUUCUACUUCGUAUACAUUGUUAUGUAACUAGUCAGAUUUGAUUACACAACAUCAUCAUAGAAGGCAAACCGAAGGUGAAUAUCUUCUUUUGCUCUCAGUGAGGAUGCCAUGUCAUUGUAUGAGAUUGGCUGAGAAAGUCAAAGAGUGAUUUAAAUUCAUUCUUUAAAUGGCAGAGGAAUAGCAGGUCAGAAUCACAGUAAUCAAUAUCAUUAAAACAACAUGAAAAAUUAGACAGGGUGGAUCUCUGCUUUGAAAUGCUUUUGCACCGGAUCGCUUGAAAUUUGAGUUUGUAGAGAUUUUUGGAAUAGCACAAUUAAAGUACACAAGGAGAAAUAUGUGAUUCUGAAGGUUUUUUGUUUUGUUUUCACUUGCAUAGCAUGGUUGUCUCCUCCCCAAAGCUGCAGAGAGGUACUGUUUUAUUGAAGUUAAAUUAUUGAAAUUAUCAGUGCUUAAGACUCCAGAUAUUAGUUAUGUAAAACAUCUCAAAACCUGAUACAUUUAUAUUUUAUUUGAUUUUAUGUUUAGUACAGCUCUGGAUGGUUUCUGCCCUGAUGGAUGUGAGCUGAAUAUUUUACUGUUGCACUGCUGCAUAGUCUAUAGAUGGUCUGUUUGUAUAGUUAGUAUACUUGACACAAAUCACUUUCAAUGAUUUCUGUUUAAAUCCAGUGCAAAAUAUAUAUGCUUGUGUAGAAGGA